CGUUGAACGUACUUGUGAGAGUUGCUUCUGUAGGGAAACUUUUAACAUUUACCAACCACUUUUGUUAAAGGAAAUCCUUUGGAUUUAAUAAGAGAAGGCUGAUUUUUUUUGCAGUUCGAAGCAAAAUUUUCUUUUACAUUUCAAUAUGUCUAUGCAGGUUCGCGUGAAGCAACAAAUGGAGGAUUUGGACCAAAGGUUGGCCUCCUUCCCCCAGCUUAAUAAACUUGAAAAGACAGUCGGUGUCAGUAAGCUUUAUGUCGUUUUAGGUUUAGCUGCUGUCUACUUUUUGUUUUUGAUUUUGAACAUGGGUGGCCCUAUUUUGACAAAUCUCUUGGCUUUUGGUAUGCCAGCCUUCUUCAGUAUUCAUGCCAUUGAAACUGCAAGCAAGUCUGAUGAUACUCAGUGGCUCACUUACUAUUUGAUCACUUCUUUCUUGAACGUUAUCGAAUACUGGUCUAAGUUGAUUCUUUACUAUAUCCCUUUCUACUGGCUCAUUAAAGCUGUCUUCCUCUUAUGGUUGGCUUUGCCCAAGUUCAAUGGUGCUGCCAUUGUCUACAACUAUGUAAUUCGCCCUUACAUUACUCCUCACGUUCUUCGCAUUUUCAAGCAAAGCUCACAUGCUAAUACUACCCACACCACUGGCGCUGCUCCCUUUGCCAAAUCCACCUCUACUGAUAUCCCUCACAAGCUUUAAAUGACUUGACUCGAGGAUACUAGUCGUGUAGUAUAUGGCGUACAUUUCCGAUCAUUUUGGAAUACGUAAUUUAGUUACUUUAUUAUCUUGUAUGGAAUUUACUUUUUUUCAUUAAGUUUGUUUGAUUCUAUCAAUGCCAAAUGAAAGCAUAGGUAUAUUGGAUUGUGGACGACAGGUUCUCAUAUGUCGAUUUCUAUAUAAGUAUACAUAAAAAUAUAAAUUAGAAACUACGAACCCUUCUUCAAUGAUAAUUUUCAAUUUUUCGCUUGCAACAACACACUUGACUUGACAAGAGGGUAACUAAUGGGAAGUACAUGACCCUGGCUUA